AUUUCAUACCUCCAAUCCAAACAGGCCCCAAUCACCAUAUUUUACUCCUCCCAAACCCUCAUUGUUCGAAAAACCCUUUUGGAACCAAAACUGCUCUCUGUGAACUCCUCCAAUGGCUGCUACUGAGCCAUCACAUGCUGAAAAGAGAGGCAACAUUCGGAGCUCUCUACUCAAAAACUGAGGCUAACAAAAACCCAAAAAAAUUCAAGGUAAGAACUCUAUCGCAAACAUCUUUUUACAUAAAGCUAUAUAUCUCAAAGUUGUCCCUUUUGCUUCUCUACGAAUUGAUACACUGCCAAUCUCAUCGAACUAGUCAUGACCCAUUUUUCUAAACUUAGAAUAUCAUCCGUUUUCAAAUGGGUUUCUUUAAAUUCCACUGGAACCAACCUUAGAUCUUCAAGAACCACUCUUUGGGCAACUGGAUACCACAUUGUUCAAAGCCUUAGGUUUUAUAGAACCAAAAAGUCUGGUCCAUCUGGAAAUGAUCCAGAUUUUGAUGGAAGUUUGACUUCGGAUAGAGAAAAUGCUGCCCAAUUAUCUCGUGCUGCCCAACAAGAAGCCAAAGCUGCUUUACUAGAGUACCUGCAUUCCACUAGGAGCUUGUGUUUUAUGGAUGCAGAGUUCAUGAGUCAUAAUGCGCCUCGUUUUCUUGCAAAGUUGUUAAAAAAGGUCAAGAAUGAUACAGAGAUAGGGCGGUCUUUGGCACGGUUUUUGCGGUAUCACCCCAUUAAUGAAUUUGAACCUUUCUUCGAGAGCAUGGGUUUGAAACCUUCUGAAUACUCUCCAUUUCUUCCUCGCAAUUUGAUGUUUCUAAAAGACGAUGCAAUGCUGUUAGAGAAUUAUCAUGUUUUGUGCAAUUAUGGUGUAGCUCGGAGUAAUAUAGGAAGGAUAUACAAGGAAGCAACUGAAGUUUUUAAAUAUGAUUAUGGGGUUUUGCAAUUGAAGCUUCAAGCUUUUGAAGAAAUGGGGCUAAACAAGUCUAGUGUAAUCAAGUUUGUUUCUUCAUGUCCUGAUCUUUUGGUUGGGGACAUGAAUAAGGAAUUUCGAAAGGUUUUAGAUAAAUUCAAGAGCAUCGGGAUUGAAUAUGGCUGGAUUGAGGAGAAUUUAAUAGAGGGGAAUACUUAUAAUUGUAGUCAUAUGCUUGAGCUAUUAUGCUUAUUGACCAACAUGGGUUGCAGUGAAGAGCAAUUAGGAAAAUUAAUUUGUCAGCAUCCGGGGCUUCUAUUUGAGGCUUCUGGAAGUACUGCCUUUUCAUUAAUUGGGUUCUUGUUAAAAUUUGGAUCCACCAAAAAUGAGAUCUGUUCUAUAUUUCUGCAAUUUCCACAAGUCGAAGUCAGAGCGUUUGUUUACAAUAUGAGGCAAUGUUACCACUUUUUAGUCAAGGCUGAGAUGGAGGUCCAAGAGAUUGGAAGGAUUGUUCGCGCACACCCCUUGUUGUUGGGUUCAUGUUAUUUGAAGAAACUUAACAGCUUACUUGCAAAUCUGAAUACUGGGAAGAAGCGGCUUUGUGAUAUUAUCAAGGAGAACCCACUAGUAUUGAAGGAGUGGGUUCUUGGAUCAACGGUCAAACGGUUGCCAGAUUCAGGGGAGGAACUAAGAUCACAGAUGAUGAAGACUAAGUUCUUGUUGGACUUGGGAUUUGUUGAAAACUCAAAUGAAAUGAGAAAAGCUCUCAGGGUGUUCCGAGGCAAAGGAGGGGAACUUCAUGAGAGAUUUGAUUGUUUUGUGAAGGCUGGUCUGAAUAGGAAAGAUGUCUCAGAGAUUAUCAAAUUAGCUCCUCAAGUUCUUAACCAAUCAAAGGACGUGAUUCAAAUGAAAAUUGAUUUUCUUGUAAAUGGUUUGGGCUAUCCACCUUCAUCUUUAUUGAUAUUCCCAGCAUAUGUUUCCUACACGAUCCAGAGGGUUAAGCUUAGGUGCUCAAUGUAUGAUUGGCUUAAAGAUCAAGGAAAAGUGGAUCCCAAGUUGGCAUUGAGCACUAUUCUUUCAUGCUCAGAUAAAAUAUUUAUAAGGCGGUUUGUAAAUCAACACCCUACAGGCCCCAAAGUUUGGGAGAAGCUAAAGAAACAGAUUUAUCCUGACUGAGAAGUGUAACAUUCUUUUUACUUGUACCAUCUCUGCCGUGCAAAUUAUCUCAAUGUUUGCACAAAGAUACUUGUCUCUGUAUAUCUACGAUUGAGAAAGUAUCCAGCGUAAUUGAAAAAUAUAUUGUAAAUUGAAGCUAUUUUCUCUCAAUUCAACCAGCAGUACGCUGAGCAAACUGGAGAUGGGCCCAGUUUACUGCAAUGGCAAGUGCAAGAUGAUGAUCCGAUGUAGUGUGAAAAGUGAAGGCAAAAGAAAACAAGAACAUUUUAUCAACAAGUAAAAUGUGAAUUGAAGUAAAGAAUCUCAUGGAAGCCGCAUUCACCGAUGGCUCCUCAGUAACAGAAUACAGGUUGAGUAGCAGAUCCAAAAAAAAAAACUCAAGCUAGACCAGACCUACAUGUGGAAAACUUUAAGCAUGUGGUGAAUUCAUUUUGUUUGAUUUAGUUGUGAUUCCAGGUUUGUGGCCAAUUCUUGCCUGUAAUAAUUCCAUUCAAAUGCUGUAGCAAAUGAAUCAAUUUUCGAAAAUGAAUUUAGAUGCCCCUGUUAUUUUAUA